GACCUGCCCGCCGGCCGGGCGGCGCAGUCUCGCGGGAUCAUUCAGCUCUCGCUCCCCGUGCGGCUCGGGGGCGGCUGGCGUCCGGGACCAGCCCGGAGCGGGCUCCGGUCGCGGGUGUCCGGCGGGCUGGACGGGUACGGGGAGGGGAAGCUGCCUUCCACGGUCGCCCGAGCCAUUGACCUGGAACUCAUUUUCAGGAAAAGAGCUUCUUUCAAAAUGGUGAAAUAAUGAAAUGAGAAAUUUGAACGUUUUAUCUUUGGGUGGGAAUCUGACAAUGGAAAGAGCAAUUUAAUCCAAGCCAUGUGGUAAAAGCAGGGACUCGAAGAAAAUGGAAAUGUUUCCAUUUCUGUGGACAUGUGUUUUUCUACCCCUUGUCAGAGGGCACAGCCUUUUCACCUGUGAGCCAAUCAUCGUCCCCAGGUGUAUGAAAAUGACCUACAACAUGACGUUUUUCCCCAAUCUGAUGGGUCAUUAUGACCAGAACACUGCCGCUGUGAAAAUGGAGCACUUUCUUCCUCUUGCAAAUCUGGAAUGUUCACCAAAUGUGGAAACUUUCCUUUGCAAAGCUUUUGUACCAACCUGCACGGAGCAAAUUCAUGUGGUUCCACCUUGCCGUAAAUUUUGUGAGAAAGUAUAUUCUGAUUGCAAAAAAUUAAUUGACACUUUUGGGAUCCAGUGGCCUGAGGAACUUAAAUGUGACAGAUUACAGUAUUGUGACGAGACUUUUCCUGUAACUCUUGAUCCACACACAGAGUUUCUUGGUCCUCAGAAGAAAAUAGAACAAGUCCAAAGAGACAUUGGAAUUUGGUGUCCAAGGCAUCUUAAGACUUCUGGGGGACAAGGCUACAAGUUUCUGGGAAUUGACCAGUGCGCCCCUCCGUGCCCCAACAUGUAUUUUAAAAGUGAUGAGUUAGAGUUUGCAAAAAGUUUCAUCGGAAUAGUUUCAAUAUUUUGUCUUUGUGCAACUCUGUUUACAUUCCUUACAUUUUUAAUUGACGUUAAAAGAUUCAGAUACCCAGAGAGACCGAUUAUAUAUUACUCUGUCUGUUACAGCAUUGUAUCUCUUAUGUAUUUUAUUGGAUUCUUGCUAGGCAACAGCACAGCCUGCAAUAAGGCAGAUGAGAAGCUGGAAGUUGGAGAAACAGUUGUCCUAGGCUCUCAAAAUAAGGCCUGCACCAUUUUGUUUAUGUUUUUGUAUUUUUUCACCAUGGCCGGCACUGUGUGGUGGGUGAUUCUUACCAUUACCUGGUUCUUAGCUGCCGGGAGAAAGUGGAGUUGUGAAGCCAUCGAACAGAAGGCAGUGUGGUUUCAUGCUGUUGCAUGGGGAGCACCAGGUUUUCUGACUGUUAUGCUCCUUGCUAUGAACAAAGUUGAGGGAGACAACAUUAGUGGAGUUUGCUUUGUCGGCCUCUAUGACCUGAAUGCUUCUCGCUACUUCGUACUCUUGCCACUGUGCCUUUGUGUGUUUGUUGGGCUGUCUCUUCUCUUGGCUGGCAUUAUUUCCCUGAAUCAUGUUCGACAAGUCAUACAACAUGAUGGCCGUAACCAAGAGAAACUGAAGAAGUUUAUGAUUCGAAUUGGAGUCUUCAGCGGCCUGUACCUCGUGCCAUUAGUGACACUUCUUGGAUGUUACGUCUAUGAGCAAGUGAACAGGACCGCCUGGGAGAUGGGCUGGGUCUCGGACCAUUGCCGCCAGUACCACAUCCCAUGUCCGUAUCAGGUAAAAAGAAAAACUCGACCAGAAUUAGCUUUAUUUAUGAUAAAAUAUCUGAUGACAUUGAUUGUUGGCAUCUCCGCCGUCUUCUGGGUUGGAAGCAAAAAGACGUGCACAGAAUGGGCUGGGUUUUUUAAACGAAACCGCAAGAGAGAUCCAAUCAGUGAAAGUCGAAGAGUACUACAGGAGUCAUGUGAGUUUUUCUUAAAGCACAACUCUAAAGUUAAACACAAAAAGAAGCACUACAAACCAAGUUCACAUAAGCUGAAGGUCAUUUCCAAAUCCAUGGGAACCAGCACAGGAACUUCACCAAAUCAUGGCACUUCUACGGUAGCAAUCACUAGCCACGAUUACGUAGGACAAGAAACUUUGACCGAAAUCCAAACCUCUCCGGAAACAUCAGUGAGGGAAGUGAGAGCAGACGGGGUGAGCACUCCCAAACCGAGAGGACAGGGCUGUGCGGAACCUGCCUCCCCAGCAGCGUCCAGCUCCGGACUCUGCGGGGAGCAGACCGACCGGAAAGGCCUGCCGGGCCACGUGCAUGACAAGAGCGAGAGUGUGCGGAGCGAAGGAAGGGGGACUCCCAGAAGUGACGUUACUGACACUGGCCCGGUGCAGAGCAGCAGCGCGCAGGUCCCCAGUUCUUCAGAGCCAAGCAGCCUGAGAGGCUCCACGUCUCUGCUGGUUCACGCGGCUGCAGGAGCUAGAAAAGGGCAGGGCGCUGGCAGCCACUCAGAUACUUGAAAACUAGGCAGUCUUGUUGCUUAGAAGCAGAUUUGUGUUACACUGGAGCUGACCAGCACACUGUCUUACAGGAACCACUGUAAUAUUCUUCUUUCGUACUUAAAGCUACAUUGCCUGCUGUUACACUGGAAACAAUAGAUGCUGAGAAUAAUAUGACCCAUUUCAUACACUGUGCCUGAAAAACAGAAGUGUGCAGGUUAAUAAUAUUUUUUAAAUUGCCUGAGAGGAGGGAGGGAGAGCAGUCUUCCUUCUUUUAUUUAUGAAGAUUCUACUCUUUUUAAAAGUAUUUUAAGGUGUACUAUGUUAUUUCCCAUUUAUGAUAUAAAAUCAGGAUGUUUUUUGCUGAAGUAUUAAAAACUUAUCUUUGUAUCUUUUUUAUAUAUUUGAAAAUAAGUUUAUAUGUAUUUGAACUUUUAUUAGAAAUUCUGGAAAAUCUCAAAUAUUUUAAUAUGUUAUUCUGAUAUUUUAUUUUCACACUAUUUUGGUAGCUUUUACACUGAAUUUCUAAGAGAAUUGAAAAAUAGUAUUCUUUUGUGGUAUAAAAAAUAGUUGGCUGUUCUAAUGAUAAUUCAACUAAAAAAGCCCACUUGCUCUACCUUAUCGUCUUCAGUGUGUGAGUUUUGUAAAGUCUGGUUAUUUUAGGAAUGUCACAGCUCCGUGGUGCAACUCCGACAGGGCACCUUUAGACCGAGUGUCUAAUGUCGACUGUACUGUGUGGCUUGCUGACCCUUCUGCAUUUUGAAAAUAAAAUGCCCCAAAGGAUUAGUAGAUGAAGUGUUAUUCUUUUGUAAAUUAAGCCAAGGGCAAUCAAUUUUCUUGUUUUUGUAAUGUUUCAUGACCACCCAAUAUUAUAUUAUUAUGACCAUUUACAGUCGCCUAUACUUUUGUUUUAACUUUUAUUUUUUUAACAUUUAGAACACUACAAAUGCUUUGUAUUUGUGCAAUAUCUUUCUCAGAUAUUAUGUAGAAUUCAAUUUGGCAGCUAAAUAGGAGUUUUCUGAACAUUGAAAAGUGUGUUAGCAAUAUUAGUGCCAAUUAAAUGGAAAAAAUAUAGUCCUGAUACAAUAAAAUGUCUUUCAUAUAACAUACUUUUAAAAUACUAAAGAAUGUGUUUAGUUUUGUUCUCAAGCAAGUAUUAUUCCUUGAACAGGUUUUCUGAUGGCUUUCGGUUUUUUCUCUAUUUGGAAUUCUGUUAAAGCACAAAAAUAAAGUUACCAUGCACUGUAUGGAAAAAUGUUGUCAAUAUUAACUUUUCCACAUUUGUUAAGUUUGUAUACAAACACUUUGUUUUAUGUGAUCU